AUGACCGACCUUGCGGGCCUUGACCUCCUCGGCAACUUGACUCCCCAAACCAUCAAUCUGAUCGCAGCUAUGAAUCCGCAGUUCGCUUCCAUGGUGCCCCAUGCCAUCCCCAUGGACUUUCUCUAUAUUUCUUCCUCCAUGGAUUCCGCCCAUGUCACACCAGACAUGUACGUGCGUCCCACGCACACCUAUGCGACUGCUCCACGCGAUCUCGAUAUCCUGCUCCUCGGUGGCCCAAACCCAGCUACUGUCAAAGAAGAGAGCCUGUCGUUCUUGAAGGAGGCAAUGGUUGGCAAGGAGUGGGGUGUUGCAGGGGAAGAAGGCUACUACAAAUAG